UCAUAAACACUAUAGACAUCGAUCAACAAUGGAUAAGUUCAACUUUGUUAGAAAUGGGAUGACCAGACUGCCUCCUGGCUUUCGUUUUCAGCCCACCGAUGAAGAACUUGUCUUUCAGUACCUAAGGUGCAAGGUCUUCGCAUGCCCUCUACCUGCUUCUAUUAUUCCUGAGAUCAAUGUCUGUUUGUUUGAUCCUUGGGAAUUGCCAGGUGAUUUGGAGCAAGAGAGAUAUUUCUUCAGCAACAAGGAAUCAAAAUACCCUAAUGGGAACAGAACAAACAGAGUGACAAGUUCAGGUUAUUGGAAAGCAACCGGUUCGGAUAAGAAGAUUGUAUCAGCUAGGAGAAAUAACAUUAUUGGGAAGAAGAAGAGUCUGGUUUUCUAUAGAGGAAAAGCUCCAAAUGGUUCUAAGACUGAUUGGGUCAUGCAUGAAUAUGCUCUUGUCAAUAAUCUGGGAACUAGGGCUUCAUCAAAUGAGUACUGUGCAAACCAGCAAGGGAAUUGGGUUCUAUGCCGAAUUUUUUUGAAGAAAAGAAGUUCUCAGGAAGAUGAGGAUACUUUGCUGAAUUAUGAUGGCUUCAUAGUUAACAGCACCGAAAAGGGUCAGCUUCAGCUUACUAGCAGGGCAAAUCCUGUGUCUUCAUCUUCGUCUAGUUCUAGUUGCAGUGGUAUCACAGAAGUCUCAUCGAGUCAUAAAGCCGGUGAUGAAGAAAUUACCAGUGGCUGCACUAAAUUUUGAUCCUGUUAAUGUAGUAUUUACAUAUUGAUCAAAAGAUAAAUUUACUUCAAAAAUGAUUUAUGAUUU